UAAAGUGAGCGGAGUAUUUGGUCGCGCUGCCUGCAUUUAACAUCAAUUUAAAAUAAGCUAGUUGCGGCCAAUUUGGUUCGAGUUGAAUUUUAGCCACUGUGAAGAUCGGUCCAACACUAAGUAGCAUUUAGUGCGCGCGUUAUUUUUUCAAUUUCUGCGGUUUAAUUUCGGUCAUUGACAGUUUUCAUUCACUUUUCGUGUGCGUUUUCUAGUGUACCCAAAAAGGCAAAAAGUAACGACCGUUGUCAGUUAACAACUACCAUCGCCCCGCCCGCAACAACAAACGCCAACAAUAAUUUGUGCGCAUCCCAUUAAUUGAAUCGGAGCAAUUAUCAGCUUUAUAUCCAUUGUGUGUUGAUUACUUAAAGUUUGGCAACUGAGCAAUAAAUACUAAAAGCUAUAAAAAUCUACAAAUAAAAACCAAAACAAAAACAAAGCGCACAUCAAAAUGGCUGUUAUACUACAUGAAGUUUACGACUGGUACAGAGAUCUCAUGGACAAUCGAAGUGAUCCACGUGUCAAAGACUGGCCCAUGAUGUCAUCGCCCUUCCCCACCUUACUGGUCUGCGUAUUCUAUGCCUACUUCAGCAAAUCGCUUGCGCCGCGCCUGAUGGCGAAGCGAAAAGCAUUGGAUCUGCGCAAAAUACUCGUCUACUAUAAUCUAUUCCAGACAAUGUUCAGCGCGUGGAUUUUCUAUGAGUACUUAAGAAGCGGCUGGUGGGGUAACUACAGUUUCAAAUGUCAGCCCGUCGAUUACUCCAACAAUCCAUUGGCAUUGCGCAUGGCACGUACUUGUUGGUGGUAUUACAUUUCAAAAUUCACAGAGUUCUUUGAUACGCUAUUCUUCAUAUUGCGCAAGAAAAAUGAACAUGUAUCAACGUUGCAUGUCAUCCAUCAUGGCUGCAUGCCCUUCUCCGUAUGGAUGGGCAUGAAAUUCACGCCAGGCGGUCACAGCACAUUCUUCGCGCUGCUCAACACCUUCGUGCACAUUGUUAUGUACUUCUACUAUAUGAUCGCCGCAAUGGGUCCCAAAUACCAGAAGUUCAUCUGGUGGAAGAAAUACCUAACCACCUUCCAAAUGGUACAAUUUGUCGCCAUUUUCACCCAUCAGUUCCAGUUGCUGUUCAGAGAGUGCGAUUAUCCCAAAGGCUUUAUGGUUUGGAUUGGUCUGCAUGGCAUUAUGUUCCUGUUUCUAUUCUCUGACUUUUAUAAAGCCAAGUACACAAAUGCACGCGCCCGUAGCGCGGCGGUGAAAGCCAACAACACAAAUGGUUAUACCAAAUUACCUGCGUCGAAUGGCAAAUGCAUACCUGUCAGUAAUGGUGAUUUGUCCAAUCAUUUGGUAGCGUCCAACAACAACAAGGGUGCUUGCAUGCCCGUUUUGGACGAGGAAGCCGAAAGCAUCAAGCCCAAUCAUCACUUCACCAAUGGCUAUAAAAAUGGCUAUGCUAAUGGCCACGCCUUCAAGGAGGGCGAUGGUGUGCUAUCCACAAACGAUGCUAUACUCAAUCCGGACAGCAGUAGCUCUAGUCUACACCAGCGAAAAGUCAAAUAAAGCAUAAAGUGUAACAAAAGCAAGCAGAAAUAACCAGCAAAGAAUAGUUAGGACUUAAGUAUAUAUAUAUUAAUAACAAAAACAAAACAAAAAAACACAUACACACAAAAAAAAAUUGAUUAUUUUUUAUAUAUACAUAAAUUAUAUAUUUAAUAAUUUAAAUCGAGUAAAUAUGGAGCUUUUAUAUAUGUAUCUGUAUAUAAAUAUAUAUUUAAAAGUUGGAAAAAGGAAACACAAGAAUUAAUUAUAAUUAAAAUACUAUACAUUAUAGCAGCAACAAAGAAGAAUAUGUUCUAAGGUCAAGUACAUUUGUACAUACAUACAUACAUUUAUUUCUAGACCUAAUCUAGUAUCACCAAGUUGUUCAAACAAUUUGCAGUAGAUAUGUAUGUAUUUAAUGCAAAAGAAACAAAGAAACGAUUAACAAAACAAAGCGAAGUGCAGAAAACAUAUGUAUGUCUCAUUUAGACAAAAACAAAAACAACACAAAAAUAAGAAAAAAAAUCAAAUCAAAUUAAAGCAACCCAUACAUUUUAUUUAAGUACAUUUAUUAGAUAUAGAAGAGCAACAAUUGCGCGCCGCUUUCUUGUAGGUUCGAGGAGAAGGAGGAGUAGGGAGGGAAAGUAAAGGCGAAGUCAAACAAUUUAUUAUUAUAAAUUUGUAAGCAUUCAAAUGGUAUUUUACAUUCUCCACACGCAUAAAUUAUGCAAAAAAUACCACAUAUAUACAAAUAUAUAUGUAUGUACAUAUAUAUGUAUAAGAAGAAACAGAACAAAGCGAAUCUUAAAGUUUUACGCAAACUUGGCAACAACAGGGAAAUAUAUAAAUAAAAUAAUAAAAUGGACGUCUACAAAAACUAUUGUUAAUAUUGCUACAACUACAACAACUACCGAAUACUAUUAUUAUAUGCUACAAAAGCAACAACUACUAUCAAGCGACACUACUACCACCAAAAAAAGUUACAAUUAAAAUUCUCAUUUUUUUUUUGUAUUAAACUCUACUACUUUAUAGUACAGUUAUGCGCGUAAAUCACACGAGUGCAUGCGUGCAGCCGACAGCCAUAGCGAUUGCUGCGCAAUUAUGGCAAGUCGGCGGUGCGCAUGCGCAAUGUGCAUUUGUAUACAUUUACCUAACAAUAAACUAGACUUAUGUAAAUGUAUUUAUAGCGAGUUAAUUAUGUAAAUUUUUUAUAUAACCCGUCAAAGAAAAGUUCGAAAUAGUAACAAAAAAAAGUAAAUAAUAAUAACAAACAACAACAAUGUCAAGUACACUGAUAGCACAGCAUUUUAUGUAUAUGUUGCAAAAUUUUAGUCAAGAAAAUGCGAAAUGAAAAUAAAAAUCAAAUAAGAAAAUGCUAUUUUGUAUAAAAACGGGUGAGGUAUUCCAUUUUGUGGACAAAUAAGUAACUGAAGAACAAACUAUAUUUAUAAAUAUGUAUGUAUGUAUAUGCCUAUAAAUAUUUACAAAUAUCACUACUUAGUUAGCUGCGUCCUAUUAAACAAUAUACUCGUUGUACAUAUAUAUAAGUAUAUAGAUAUACAUAUAUGUAUAUAUGUAGGUAUAUCGUCACCUAAAAUGCAAAAAAACGUAUCUCACUUUUCAUAAAAUUACAGGCAGUCAGAGAGGAAAAACGUUACAAUAAAAACCACUCAUGUUGAAAAAAAUUGAGUUUUGGUUAUAGAAUGGUUAUAUUUUGGUUAGCCAUAUUGAAAAAAUAGAAUUUUGGUGACGAAAUGGUUAUCUUUUGGUUAUCAUACACUCAUAUCAAAACAAAGUUUGCGUUUUGCUCAUAAAAUGGUCAUAUUUUGGUUAUCACACACGCAUAUUGUAACAAAAUUUGAGUUUCGGUUAUGUUUUGGUUAUUAUAUCCGACAGCCAUUUUUGAUCUUUUUAAUGAUACGUUGUUUUGCAGUUUAGAUGACGAUAUAUAUACAUAUAUUUAUUUAUAUACUACAAUACAUGACAGACAGUGCGUGCGUAUGUGUACAGUAAGUGCAUAAGUGCGAGCAUGUAUAUAUAAAUAUGUAUGUAGUUAGCAAGAAUGAAGUUUAUAUUUGUAGUUAAAUUAAUGCUUAAGCGCUAUUGUUCGUUUAUUCUCUUUAUUUUUAUCAAAAAAUACUGAAUAUAAGUAAAAAAAGCUGUUAUUUAGCAAGAAAUUUUACGAAAUUAUUAACUGUAACUCUUAGUUGUUGUUGCAUUUUAAGCUUUUUAAUUCAUAUGACGUGCGUUAACGGCACUUUUUUUGUUGUUUUAAUUUGCAAUUUGUAUUUUACACAAGCACACAAAUACAUACGUACACUUACGUGUAAGCAAUAGUUUAUAUGCAUACAUAUAUACAUUUAUAUAUACUUAUAUAUAUAAUAUACUGUAUUUUAUUUUCCUUUUGUAAGGGUUACUGGUAGUCAAAUUUUGUUUGUUUGUAUAUUCUCUUUUCGAAAUAUGUAUAAUGUGUUAUUAUU